AUGAAGAGCACUCAGAUCCUCGCAGCCGCCGCUUUGGCUACUGCUGCUAACGCUCAAUCCGCUCCUCUCUACGGACAGUGCGGUGGAAACGGUUUCAAUGGACCCAAGACCUGUGUUGCGGGAUCCUACUGCUCUGUUCAGAGUGAAUGGUACCACCAGUGUCUUCCAGGCACUGCCCCCGGUGGAAGCACCACAGCUCCUACCUCCAAGCCCACGACCCUCACGACUUCCACUUCGAGGACCACCGGAGGAGGAACUACCACCGCUCCCCCCACCACUACCGCUCCUCCAAGCGAUGGCUCCAACCCUCUCGCUGGUAAGAGCUUCUAUGUUAACGACUACUACGCGUCGGAAGUUUUGAGCAUUGCCAUUCCUUCCCUCGUCGCCGCGGGCAAGUCCUCCCUUGUGCCCAAGGCCAGCGCUGUUGCCAAGGUUCCUUCCUUCUACUGGAUGGAUACCCGCUCCAAGGUCCCCAGGAUCCCUCAGUACGGAAAAGACGCAGAAGCCCGCAUCGCUAAGGGCGAGAAGCUCACCGUACCUCUCGUCGUCUACAACCUUCCCAACCGUGAUUGCGCGGCGGCGGCCUCUAACGGCGAGCUCUCCCUCGACAAGGAUGGCGCGAAUCUCUACAAGGGAUACAUCGACAGCAUCAAGAAGGAGCUCCAGGCCUUCCCUACCGUCCACUUCACCCUCGCCAUUGAGCCCGACUCCCUUGGUAACCUUGUCACCAACCUCAACGUACCCAAGUGCGCCGCCGCUGCUUCCGCCUACAAGACGCUCACAGAGUACGCUAUCAAGACACUCGACCUUCCCAACGUGUCCAUGUAUCUUGACGCUGGACACGCGGGCUGGCUAGGCUGGCCAGCCAACCAAAAGCCUGCCGCUGACCUCUUUGGCGAGAUCUUCAAGAACGCCGGUUCCCCCAAGGCCGUCCGCGGUCUCGUGACCAACGUCUCCAACUACAACGCCUGGAAGAUUGCUUCUUGCCCCGUCUAUGCUGAGAGCAACACCGUCUGCGAUGAGUCCAAGUUCAUCAACGCCAUGGCUCCCCUACUCAAGGCUGUUGGCUUCCCUGCUCACUUCCUCGUCGACACUGGCCGCAGCGGUGUUCAGCCCACCAAACAGCAAGCCUGGGGUAACUGGUGCAACGUCAUCGGCACCGGCUUCGGUAUCCGCCCCAGCACCGCAACCGACGAUCCGCUCCUCGACGCCUGGGUCUGGGUCAAGCCUGGUGGUGAAGCCGAUGGUACCUCCGACACCAGCGCCGAGCGCUACGACAGCAAGUGCGGUUCCCCUGAUGCCAUGAAGCCUGCCCCCGAGGCCGGUUCUUGGUUCCAGGAGUACUUUGUCCAGCUCUUGGAGAACGCCAACCCCGCUUUUUAA